AAAUCCCUAAUAAAAUUAACCGUGGUGAAGCCAAACAUCUUGCAGAUGCCUCAGGGUCAGACAAAGCAGAAAGAACAACAAAGAGGUCCAGAGUAUCAACCAUAAGGCGGAUAUUUGACAUGGCAAAACACCGAACAAAGAGAUCAUCCUUUUUCUCAACUGGUGUGAAAGUCUGCCCGCAAGAAUCAGUGAAGCAGAUUUUAGCCAGUCACCAAGCUUACUACAGAUUAAGAGUCUGCCAGGAAGCUGUGUGGGAAGCCUUUCGUAUUUUUUUGGAUCGGAUUCCUGAUACUUCUGAAUAUCAGAACUGGGUUACUGCCUGCCAGAGGGAAACCUUCUGCAUAUUUGACAUUGGCAAAAACUUCAGCAAUUCCCAGGAGCACCUGGAAAUAAUCCAACGGCGAGUAAAACAUAGAACCUUCCAGGAAAGGAAAGAUGAAAUAUCCACAGAGAAAACAGGUGGCAAAAAGCUGGAAGACAUUCCUUCCAUUUCUACAGGCUCCCCUGGCACAUCCCUCUCUCCAUAUGCACCACUACCUAAUGGCACGCUGCUCAACGAAAUUGUUAACGACACAAGGACUCCUGUGAAGGAGGUGGGAACAAAUACAGUCCCAGAACUGCCCGUGGAGCAAAUGGUAGAAUUCAGUGUCACUCUCACGGAUCAGGAGUACACAGCUGAACUUAGUGAUCCCAACUCCCCACAGUACCAACAGCUAGCUGCCAAAUUUCAGCUACAGAUGCAAAAAAUAUUUGAGAAACUUCCAGGAUUCAAGGAAAUCCGCGUGUUAGGAUUUAAACAAAAGAAGGAGAAAGAUGGAUCAAGCAGCACUAUAGCACGAUACGUGGUAAACUUUGAAAGAGACGGCUCAGAAAUCAAAGGCACACCAGAUGACAUCUCAACUAUUGGAUCUAACAAGGUUGAAAAUGAAAAGAUCCCACUUUCUCCAAAGGAUGAGGGAGAGAUUUCAGCAACCAGACUCACCAUGACAGACCUUCAGCAACUGGUUGCCAUUGCGCUCCACGAAGACCAGUCCCUGCCAAUGGACCUGGGAACACUCCAGUUUACUGAUGAAACUAUUAUACCACCUAGUGAUUUUGAUAAUGAUAUCCAGGGCAUGGUCACUAUUCCUCUGGCAGGCCCUGAUUUGGAGGAACUCCCACUAGGUUACCCCAGCCCAGCGCCAGUGGACCAAACAGGAGACAUCUUGUUCAAUGAAUUUACAACUGAGAUCCCUGUGCUAAGUGGAGACAUCAGUGAUCUUGAAGACUUUAAUAAUUUUGUGACAUCUGAACCUGCGUUCCCUACCAAACCCUCCAGAACACCAUUUCAGGACAAAUCUCCUCCUUACACAGAAGUUACCACUACCGACCUCCAAAGUUUCACAGUGCCUUUCAGUGCUCUGGGUAGCACUAGCAGCCCUCCAAAACCAGAGGGUUCCUAUUUGCCUCCUUCAGCAGACGAUUCUGCUAGCAAUGAGUUGGUCACCGAUGGCUAUGAGCCUCCAAUGGAGCAGGCUACCACGCAGGCAGCUUAUACCAUAGGCAGCUUUGCCUCACCUGAUCUUCUGCAAGCCGGAGAUGAGGAUACUGAAGCUGAGGAGAAGGAAGAACUGACUGAUACAACAGAACCACCUUUCAAGGAAGCUGACCAAGACAGUCCGUUUGAGCAAGCAGUUAAGUUCAUGGAUGCAGCAGAAUCGUCAGGCGAUGACAUUUUAGUUGCAGCCAGCACUUACGAAACGUUGCCUUUCUUUACUGCUUCAAGUGAUCUCUCUACCACGCAGCCUGAAGAUGUCAUUUCAGAUGUGCUACCAUCAGACCAACCAGCACCACUGCCAGCAGCAACCAGCCCGUCCUACAGCCCGUCCCAAAUCAUCGAGCAGUCCCUGGAGGUACCAGAUUCCUCCGUGUCCGAACCUGAGAGCGUUCCUCCUGGGACAGGAGUGCAGGACAUCGCAGCUGAGCUGGAUCACGUCGCUGUGAUGAGCACAGCAGCCCUGGAGGACGUGGAGCACGGCAGUGGUUACAUCUCCAUGCUGACAACCGAGCCCGCAGAAACCACCCCGGCUCCGACGCUGAAGUACGUAACCACCAGCUCCAUGACCACCGCAGCCAAAGGCAAAGAGCUGGUGGUGUUCUUCAGCCUGCGGGUAACCAACAUGCACUUUUCUGAUGACCUCUUCAACAGGAGCUCGACCGAGUACAAAGCACUAGAACAGCAGUUCUUGCAAUUGCUACUCCCAUACCUUCAGUCCAACCUUACAGGUUUUAAGCACCUGGAAAUACUUAACUUCAGGAACGGGAGUGUGAUUGUGAACAGCAAAAUGAAAUUUGCCAGGACAGUGCCAUACAACAUCACGGAAGCAGUACACUGCGUUUUGGAAGACUUCUGUGAUGCUGCAGCCCAACGCCUCAAUUUGGAGAUUGACAGCUAUUCCCUGGAUAUUGAGCCAGCUGAUCAGGCAGACCCGUGCAAAUUCAUGGCGUGUGACGAGUUUUCGGAGUGCAUCAUGAACGAGUGGACCAAAGAGGCCGACUGCCUGUGCAGACCCGGCUAUGCCAGCCAGGACGGGCUGCCCUGCCGCAGCCUGUGCGAGCUGGAGCCCCAUCUCUGCGUCAACGGGGGGAAGUGCGAGCUGGUUCCAGGACGAGGAGCUGUCUGCAGGCCACCAGACCACUUUACAAAGCCAGGACUGACAAGUUAG